AUGCCCCGGAGCAAGUACGAGACUCGGGCCCUAUGUACCGCGAACACAAGAGCCGAGUCUCGUGUGAAGUUGAAGUACCGGUACCGCUGUACAGCCGCAUGGGCUGAUUUUAAUGUAUUCAAGUCAAAUGAGAACAUGAUCAAGCGAUCAAUUAAUCCGCCAACGAGAGUACCAAAAUAG